AUGUCCGACGUUGCGGGAAUGGCAUUCCCAAGAAUUGGAUGGAUAGGCCUUGGGUCUAUGGGCUUGCCCAUGGCCACCAACCUCCAGAAGCACUUGGUUUCCCUCGGAGCACCUAGUCUUCAAUAUUUCAACCGAACCAUAUCUCGUGGUGACUCACUCAAAAGUCUCGGUGGCCAACCUUUGCCAACAGCUCGAGAUCUUGUUGAAAGCUCCGACAUCGUCUUCAUGUCGCUCAGCGAUGAUUCAGCCCUCGAAUCAACACUGAACGCCAUUAUUGAUCCAGCUUCAACAAACCAACUAGCCGGAAAGAUUGUCGCAGAUACUUCAACUGUCCAUCCUGACUCAUCAGCCAAGGCCCAGAUUCGACUGGCCGAGAAGGGAGCCAAGUUUAUUGCCUCACCAGUUUUUGGAGCUAGCCCGGUUGCUGCUCAAGGAAAGCUGCUGUGGAUUGUUGCUGGGCCUGAUGAUGCUGUGCAGGCUAUUAGCCCUUACUUGGAGGGCGUUAUGGGAAGGGGAGUGAUUCGUGUUGGUCAAGAUGUGCGACAGUCUAGCAUGAUGAAGACGGCAGGGCAGGUUUCCCCAAGCUUCGCCGAAGCACACGUCCUGGCAGAAAAGUCUGGCCUGGGCAGCAAAAACCUCGAAGCCCUGAUCGAGCAACAAUACGGACCCCUUGCCUUGUCAAUGUCCCAACGUCUCACAACGGGAGCAUACAUGCCAGCACGAGGUGACAGACCAUGGUCAGACCUCAACCUGGCCCUCAAAGACGUCGGUCACGGCAUCGCUUGCGCAGAACAAGCAGGCACAAGAUUGGAAGUCGCUGAGGUGGCGAUUAAGCAUCUGGAGGAGGCAAGCCAGUUCUCGGAAGCUGAGGAGAGGCCGCUUGAUUCUUCAUCAAUGUAUGGGAUUUUACGAAAGGAGGCCGGGUUGUCGUUUGAGACAGAUCUUGUCAAGGAGAGGGAUGAGAAGAAGGAAAAGGAAUCAGAGGACAACUGA